AAACAUGUCUCACCCGAAACCUGCCGGUGGGACUGAGUGCGGAGGCCCUCAAGGCCCCAGGGGAGGACCACUGCCUUCUCUGCUCAGCUUCCCUUCGGAUGCCUCUCCAUCAGAGAGGCCAUAGCCAAGCCAUUCCCUGCACCUGGCCUUCCCAUCUCUGGCUGGAAGGCUAGACAGAACCAGCUUCUCCUGCUGAGAGGCCAGGAACCCAGAAGAGAAGUCAUUCGAGCAGGGUCCUGGCCCCUCUUAGGCCACUGAGAUGCCUUUGUGACAUUUCGUCUUCUCCCUGCCCCUCAGUUUCCCCAUCUCUAGAGGUGUUGGACUAAAUGACUGCAAAGUCCCCUCCCAGCUCUGACAGCGUUCUAUCAUUGAGGAAGAGCUGGGCGCCCCGGUUUCCAUACAGGAAAUAAGAAUGUCUAAGCCCCUGGAGCCGGAGAAGCCAGGUUUGGACUCUCAGUCAGAGCACACAGAUACAGAAACCAAUGGACCAGAUGCAAACCAUCAGAACCCCCAAAAUAAGGCCUCUUCAUUUUCCUUGUCCCCAACGGGUCCCAGCACCAAGGACCCCAAACUUGCCUCUCUCCCCAUGCAGAUCAAGGCUGAAGACUCCAGCAGUGACCCGGCCCCAGUGGCCCCCCCACCCCCGCCCCCAUCCCAGCCCCACCUACCCCAGGCCCAGCUCAUGUUGGCUGGCGGGCAGCUGGCUGGGGACAUCCAGCAGCUCCUUCAACUCCAGCAAUUAGUCCUUGUCCCUGGGCACCACCUCCAGUCACCUGCACAGUUCCUGCUACCACAAACCCAACAGGGUCAACCAGGCCUGCUCCCAACACCAAAUCUGUUCCAGCUACCUCAGCAAAGCCAGGGAGCCCUCCUGACCUCCCAGCCCCGGGCUGGGCUCCCUACACAGGCAGUGACCCGACCCACGCUGCCCGAUCCGCACCUCUCGCACUCGCAGCCGGCCAAAUGCUUGGAGCCACCCUCCCACCCUGAGGAGCCCAGCGACCUAGAAGAGCUGGAGCAAUUUGCUCGCACCUUCAAACAGAGGAGAAUCAAGCUGGGUUUCACUCAGGGCGACGUGGGGCUGGCCAUGGGCAAGUUGUAUGGCAACGACUUCAGCCAGACAACCAUCUCGCGCUUCGAGGCGCUCAACCUAAGCUUUAAGAACAUGUGCAAACUCAAGCCCCUUUUGGAAAAGUGGCUCAACGAUGCAGAGACCAUGUCGGUGGACUCCAGCCUGCCCAGCCCUAACCAGCUGACCAGCCCCAGCCUGGGCUUCGAUGGGCUGCCGGGCCGGCGACGCAAGAAGAGGACGAGUAUUGAGACCAACGUCCGCUUCGCCUUAGAGAAGAGCUUUCUAGCGAAUCAGAAGCCUACCUCAGAGGAGAUCCUGCUGAUCGCAGAGCAGCUGCACAUGGAGAAGGAGGUGAUCCGUGUCUGGUUCUGCAACCGGCGCCAAAAGGAGAAGAGAAUCAACCCCUGCAGCGCUGCCCCGAUGCUGCCCAGCCCGGGCAAGCCAGCGGCCUACAGCCCCCACCUCGGGCCUGGGGUCACACCUCAGGGGGCUGGGGGGACCCUGCCAUUGUCCCCGGCUUCCAGCAGUCUGAGCACAACAGUUACUACCUUGUCCUCAGCUGUGGGGACCCUCCACCCCAGUCGGACAGCUGGAGGGGGCAGCAGUGGGGGUGGGGCCGUGACCCCCCCCAACUCUAUCCCCUCCAUCACUCCCCCGCCCCCUGCCACCACCAACAGCACAAAUCCCAGCCCCCAAGGCAGCCACGCGGCCAUCGGCCUGUCAGGCUUGAACCCCAGCACAGGAAGCACAAUGGUGGGGCUGAGCUCGGGGUUGAGUCCGGCUCUCAUGGGUAACAACCCUUUGGCCACCAUACAAGCCCUGGCCUCUGGUGGAACUCUCCCCCUUACCAGCCUUGAUGCCAGCGGGAACCUGGUGCUGGGGGCAGCUGGGGGCGCCCCAGGGAGCCCAGGCAUCGUGACCUCACCACUCUUCCUGAACCAUGCCGGGCUGCCACUACUCAGCGCCCCUCCAGGGGUGGGCCUUGUAUCAGCUGCGGCAGCCGCUGUGGCAGCCUCCAUCUCCACCAAGUCCCCAGGCCUCUCCUCCUCCUCUUCCUCCUCUUCCUCCUCCUCCUCCUCCUCUUCCUCCUCCUCUUGCAUCGAAACAGCAGCACAGACCUCCGGAGGGCCUGAGGCAGGGGCCAAAUCGGAAUGAAGACACCCCCUCUGCCUUUCCCUGCCACCCUCCACCCUCGCCCACCUCUGGUCUCCUCAGUUGGGGAAGCUGGUGGUAGGGGGACAGCGGCGGGGGAUUGAGGUGAGGGUCCGGGAGCUGGAGAAAGAGAGUGGAGGAAACACCAAAAAAACAAAAAAAUACCCCUAGAAAGAAAAAACCAAACAUAAAAUAAAGUAAAGCCAAAUAGAAACAGACAUAACCAGCCGCCCAGAAUGAGCCGGGGCGAACAGAAGAAACCAAAAAACGAAACCAAAAAAAACCCAGUCCAGAGCCAGACCUCAGUGCGCUCACCGCUCACCGCUAUAACACCAAAUCAGCGCGUCUCCCCGCUCCGCGGAGAGCGGACGCCUCCGCCGGGGCUCCCUCUCGCAGCUGACGGCCGGGGGCUCUGCGGCCCCCAUCUACCCAGUGGAAAAGGAGAACGUGUCGGU